UUCACUUGUUUCCCCAAACCAUCAUCAUCUCUCUCUCAAUUCACUUUCUCCUUUUUCUAUUUCCCAAACACUUUCCCGAGAAAAUUAGAUACUCUAAUUAAUGGCCAACUGGAAGUCUCAUGAAGAUGUUUGUCUCAUGGAAGGGAUAAAGAGAUACGGUCUUCGAAGAUGGGACAAGAUCUCAGCAUCACUACUUCUCUCCCAUCGAAGCAUCGCUGAGUGCAAAAAGCGAUUCGAGUCUUUCCUUGAACCAAAGACAUGGACUUACGAAGAUGACAAAAAACUAAGCGACUUAGCUCAGAUUCACAAGCCUUCGUGGACCACGAUUGGUGAUUUGAUGGGAAGAGAUGGCAAUUCUUGCUUUCGCCGUUUCAUUUCACUUCCUUCAUUGGCACGGGAAAAUAAUAUUCAAGCUGGAGGCAUGAAAAUGUCUAAACCGAUGAAGAAGUUUAAACCGAAAAGAAAGGUUGCACAGUUAGAGGAAAUUCCAGCAUUUGGAGAUAGAUCAGAAAUGAAAAAACGAAAGGGAUAUUGCAUGAAAACCAAAGUGCAGCUGGAUUGAAGUUGAUGUUGGGAAGAAAAGAUUUUUAUUAGAGUUGAACUUUUUUUCCUUUUUUCGCCUAUUAGUGUUGAACUUUUUUUUCCCUUUUUCCCUUCGUGUGUUCUGACUAUUAAUUUUGAUAUCAGAGCAUAGUUUUUAAUAAAGAGUGAGUUCUAAAAUCUUUUGCUGAACCAAAGAUUCUUAUUUUUUUCUUGGUUUUGAUCGACGAUGAUAUAUCGUAGUAGAUGAGUUAGUUACAUAUAUAUUCCCUUUUUAUUCAGUUUUAUUUAUAUAUUCCAAUUAAAUAAAAUUGCCGGGAAAAGUAAUAUAAUUAACUAGGAAUAUAAAAAUAUUCACAUCUACCACCAAUGAAUAAUAGAGUAUAUAUAGCUUCAACGUAUUAAUCAACUAGGAAUUUCCAUUUCUCCUAACUUUGCUGAAUUCUAAAUCAUGACUUGAGCUUCAUAUUAAGCAUUUGUUCUUUAAGGGUUUCUUGAGAGAUUUUUGCUGGUAAUUACUGUUUGUUAUCUGAGUGUUCUUUGAUUGUUUUCGAUGUAUAAUGUAUCUAUCCAAAGUCUAAACGAUUUAUUGAUUGUUAAACCAUACCACUGGAAAUGGAAUCCAGUGGAGUUUAAUGGAAACCCACCAUUAUGUAAU